UCGACCUUUCUCCCCAUACAUUGCACAACGGCAUCCUUUAUUUGGCUUGUCGUAAUAAUUUUACUCUUGCAUUACGUACUGUCGAGCUUAUAAGCGAAACAGUGACUUAUUUAUUCUGAUCUUGCAAAUAUGAAGUUUUACAUUGAUGAUUUGCCGGUGCUAUUCCCAUAUCCUAGGAUAUAUCCUGAACAAUAUGCAUAUAUGUGUGAUAUCAAAAAGACCCUAGAUGUAGGUGGGAAUUGUAUACUAGAAAUGCCUUCAGGUACUGGUAAGACCAUUUCCUUGUUAUCAUUAACUGUUGCAUACCAAAUGCAUUAUCCAGAACAUAGAAAAAUUGUUUACUGUUCUCGUACUAUGUCAGAAAUUGAAAAAGCUUUAAUUGAAUUGCAUAAAUUGAUGGAGUUUAGAGCAAAUGAGCUCGGCUUUGUUGAAGAUUUCAGAGGGUUGGGAUUGACCAGUAGAAAAAACUUGUGCUUACAUCCAACAAUCUCAAAGGAAAGAAAGGGUAAUGUUGUUGAUGAAAAAUGUAGAAGAGUUACAAACGGUCAGUUGAAGAAAAAAAUAGAGGAUGGGGCAAUAGACCAAGAUACUCAAUCAAACAAUCCAGAAACUAACCAAUUAUGUUCAUAUCAUGAAAAGCUUUAUGACUACGAACAACAUAAUCUAAUACCUGCUGGUGUCUACUCCUUUGAUGCAUUAAUGAAAUAUUGUAAGUAUGAAGGUACCUGUCCAUAUUUCACGGUAAGAAGAAUGAUUCCAUUUUGUAAUAUUAUUAUUUAUUCAUAUCAUUAUUUAUUAGAUCCUAAAAUUGCUGAUCGUGUUUCUAAAGAGUUGUCAAAGGACAGCAUUGUUAUUUUUGAUGAAGCUCACAAUAUUGAUAACGUUUGUAUUGAAUCUUUAUCACUAGACUUAACUGAUGAUACUUUGAAAAAAGCCACAAGAGGUGCUAACAAAUUAAGCGAUGCAGUGGAUCAAAUGAAGUCACAGGAUAGUGCAAAGUUACAAGAUGAAUACGAAAAAUUGGUAGAAGGUUUGAGACAAGCUGAAAUAGCAAGAGAAGAAGAGUUAUUUAUGGCUAACCCAACAUUACCAAAAGAUUUGUUGGAUGAAGCUAUUCCAGGUAAUAUUCGUAAGGCUGAACAUUUCAUUUCUUUCCUAAGGCGAUUUAUUGAAUAUUUAAAGACAAGAAUGAAAGUGCUACAUGUCAUUAGUGAAACACCAAGUAGUUUUUUGAAACAUUUGAAAGAGUUAACAUUUAUUGACCGCAAGCCCUUAAGAUUCUGCUCAGAAAGGUUGUCUUUAUUAGUGAGAACUUUGGAGCUAACUGAAAUUGAAGAUUUCAAUGCUUUGAAGGAUAUUGCCACGUUUGCCACAUUGGUUUCAACUUAUGAUACAGGAUUUCAAUUGAUUUUAGAACCAUUCGAGGCUGAAGGUUCUACCGUUCCAAAUCCAAUUUUAUACUUUACUUGUUUAGAUGCAUCCAUUGCAAUCAAGCCAGUUUUUGACAGAUUCUCAUCUGUUAUUAUCACUUCUGGUACGAUCUCACCUUUGGACAUGUACCCAAAAAUGUUGGAUUUUGAAACUGUUAUUCAAGAAUCUUAUUCCAUGACAUUAGCAAGACGAUCAUUUUUACCCAUGAUUGUUACAAAAGGAUCAGAUCAAGUUUCUAUAUCCUCAAGGUUUGAAAUUCGUAAUGAUCCUUCAGUUGUUAGAAAUUACGGUUCUCUUUUGGUUGAGUUUUCUAAGGCGACUCCAGAUGGUAUGGUGGUAUUCUUCCCAUCAUAUCUUUAUAUGGAGUCCAUUAUCUCAAUGUGGCAGAGUAUGGGUGUGUUAGAUGAAGUUUGGAAGUACAAGCUUAUUCUAGUUGAAACUCCGGAUGCUCAAGAAACCUCCUUAGCCUUAGAAACUUAUAGAAAAGCUUGCUCGAAUGGUAGGGGUGCGGUAUUACUAUCUGUCGCUCGUGGUAAAGUCUCUGAAGGGAUUGAUUUUGAUCAUCAUUACGGAAGAACAGUACUUAUGAUUGGUAUUCCAUUCCAAUAUACGGAGUCAAGAAUCUUGAAAGCACGUUUAGAAUUCAUGAGAGAUCACUUUCAAAUUAGAGAAAAUGAUUUCUUGUCUUUCGAUGCCAUGCGACACGCCGCUCAAUGUUUAGGUCGAGUCUUAAGAGGUAAAGAUGAUUAUGGUAUUAUGGUUUUGGCCGAUCGUCGGUUUUCUAAGAAGAAAAAUCAAUUACCCAAAUGGAUUGCACAGGCAUUAAAUGAUUCCGAUACUAACUUAUCUACGGAUAUGGCCCUAGCAACAGCCAGAAAAUUUUUGAGAAGUUUGGCUCAACCAAGCAAUCCAAAGGAUCAAGAAGGGGUAUCAGUUUGGAAUCUUGAGCAACUUGAAGAUUAUCAAAAGAACCAUCAAUACAAUGGACCUCAAGCCAUUGAAGGCGAGGUCAAGAUUAAUGAACACCAAAAUGGCGAGAACGGUAAUGAUAAUGAUGACUUCAUGGAUAUGGAUGAUGAAGAUUUCGAUCUACUUUAGUUUAUCGAUUUGUGUGUAUAUACCUACGUUUAUAUCGAGAAAUAAUGUGC